AUGGAUGCUCAUGAUGUUAGCUCACAGCAUGUGGAUCUCUUGAACAAGUUCAAGAAGACUUUGGAGGAAGCCAAAAAACGUCAAGGUGAGCGACCCAACGAUCGAAAGCCCCCCGAAUAUGCGUACAUGAGGUUCAUGAUGUCCAUGAGGCCCGUGGGUCAAAACAAACCCGGCUAUUUUAUUCAUACAUCAUUCAUUGCACCAGCAUAUCCUCCAUGCACCACUCCAGUGGCCGAUCUCAAACAUAUCACGAUUGAUGAGCUUCUACUCGAGACGCAUCACCGAGGCAGGUAUAUACUGCUACGAUGCAUUACACCCCCCAACCGGAUGACGGCCAUAAUGGUGCUGGCCGAAGACAAAAACAAGGAUGUUGUGUCGUUACAGAUGUACCAGCAGGAAAAUGAGGAAACACGGCCUGCAACUGACAUCGCGGAUACGGGGAUUAUACUUCUUGUGAAGGAACCCUACUACAAGAUGAUGAGCGAUGGAGAGUAUGGGUUGCGUGCAGACCAUCUCUCUGAUAUUGUUCAGCUCAAGAGCAGCGAUGAUAGGAUCCCAUCAGAUUGGCAACCGCGUGUCAUCGAAGUUGAGGUGUCGGCCGAGGAAUUGAAGCUGAAGGGGAACUUGGCAAUGAAAGAAGGCAAAUUCUGGGAAUCUAUUGCUAUUUACUCUGAUGCACUUGCACAACCAACUUCGGCCGACGAGGCAGACACUAUCAAGCGCAACAGAUCUCUCGCCUUUCUCCGGACGAAACAAUUUGACGCCGCCCUAUCCGAUACAGGAUUUUCCAACUUUGGCGAGAAUGCUUCUGAGAAAGCGAUGUUCAGGGCGGGAGAGGCCCUGUACCAUCUCGGGCGCUUCGAUGAAUGCUACAACGUACUUGCGAUGCUUUGCCGCCUUUAUCCACUCAAUGUUCUUGCUCGUGCGUCGCUGGACCGUGCCAAAAGCCGGCUGAAGGAGCAGAAGACAGGAGAAUUCGACUUCAAACUUCUUCAGGCAGAGGCCAAAAAGCUCAGGCCUCCUCACCUGGAUCAUGCUACCUACAUUGGGCCUAUCGAAGUCAGGCAGACCGCAUCCAAGGGCCGAGGACUAUUUGUCACAAAAGAUGUGAAAGCGGGUGACUUGCUUUUAUGCGAGAAAGCCUUUGCUCACUGUUACGCCCCCGAGGAAUCGGAUGCCAAAAAAGCAGGCGAAUCGACGAUUAGCAUCCUGAUGAACACAGAAACCAAUACAGCUUUUAUGGGAACACAAGCUGAUCUUCUUACGAGUAUUGCUCAGAAGAUGUACCAUAAUCCUUCGGUUUCUUCAGCUUUCAUGGAUCUGUACCAUGGGGAUUACAAAGGAGUUGACAUGACAGUCGUCGACCAGACACCAAUAGUUGAUACUUUUCAGGUGGAGCGAACCAUCGCCUUCAACUCUUUUGGCUGUCCACUCUCCAGCAUCAACUCGCAACAAAAAGUUCGCGACCAUAAGGAAGAGCCAGAUAGUGCCUUUCAUUCCACCGGCAUUUGGACCCAAUCGUCAUACAUCAACCACAGCUGCACCAGCAACACCCGUCGAUCAUUUAUCGGCGACAUGAUGAUUAUCCGUGCAACCUGCGACAUCAAAAAAGACACCGAGCUCUCAUUCUGGUACCGCUGCCCCAUCAAAGGCGAUGCGACAGACGCCCAAAAAAAAUUCGAGAAUUGGGAAUUUGAAUGUGCAUGCUCCAUAUGCUCUGAUAACAAAUCUACAGCUCCUCCUGUUUUGCGGAAGCGAGAAAUGCUGAGAAAGAGCAUAGAGACGGCAUUUAAGGUAACUUCAUUGGGAAGUGGCGCAUUGAAACGGAUCGAGCGAUUGGUUGGUGAAUUGAACCAGACAUAUUCUCAGCCGGCAGACAAAGUCCCUCGUCGUCUCGUCUGGGACCCUCAGUUGGCUUUGGCACAAGCUUAUGCAUCUCAAAACCAGUCGAGAAAUUGCAUCGUAGCUGCCGGUAAAAUUCUUACUGGGCUAGGGUUUCUCAUAAGUGGCACCGACUCUCCACAGACGCCAUUUUCAAUCGAGCGAUGGGGGAUGCUCCAGGAUUAUCUUGUGGAAGCUUUUGUUCUUCUUCGAAAUAUAUUUUUGAUGAACAAGGCUGUGGAAAAUUCGAAGAAAGCAGGCGAGUAUGCCAGAACCGUGUACAGGAUGGUAGUCGGCGAGGAUGCUACUUUUGAAAGCGUUUGGGGGCUCGGAGGGACUCUGAUUUACUUUCACGUCCAGCUUAGUAGCUUGGAAUAG